AUUGCAGUCUGGAUUUUGUUCAUAGGUAUAAAGGAAAGUGUUUACUUCCUUAUUUUAGACCACGAGAACAUGCACUGAACCUGCGCGUGACACGUGCAUUGAGAGGGGUUAGAUCACGUGACUUGUGAAGUCCUACAGCUAGCCAAAACUAUGCUAAAGUGACAUUUUAAUGACGUUCUAACAGCAAUAUGUGUUUACUCACACCAAAUGUGACAAUUUACUUUACUUUUGAGAGAAGAGGCGCUCAAAUGCUUACUUUUCAAGCUGCGUCCUUUCAUGACAACAAAAACCUUCUUUUUAAGGCGCUUCUGACCCCCCCUCCUCGUAGCUGGGUGAGCCCGCCCUGUGAUUACGCAGGCUUCGCCACACAUCUCCAAGUCCACUUCUACCAACCAUCCAUCAGUCAGCUACCGACGCAGGACGUGUAAGUUUGAUCAUUUCAUUUUUAUUUGACGAAUUGUCAAACUAAAUACGAUGUUGUAAUGUACCGUUAGCACGGUGGCUAACAUAGCUAGCUAUGCUAGUUUGUGUCCUUCAGUCCCACUCCUCCCCGUCAUGUUGUUUUAUGGCAUUUAUUAUAUUGGACAAGUGCAGAGUUCCAGUGUAAAAAGUGGAAAAACUAUACAACAGUCCUUCUUUGAGAAACAUACUGUCACAAACACAAACAACGACGUGUUCCCGGUAGUUUUUCUAACUAAGAGACUCAUUUGAGACUCAUAAUUGAUUUGGCGAAAAGUGUUACAUUUAUAAAUAAGUACAUUAUUAAUAAAACGUUUUUGUCGUACUGCUGCCACCCGCCAGUAAACAAUAUAAAAUUGAAGUAAAACGAAUCUGUCAUUAUUAAACGCCUUCUAAAACGUCUUCUGAACCGCAGCCAUCUUUGGUCAUGACGUCAUCACAUGUCGUCAAACUGCUGAACCUGUAAUAGAAGGUGAAAACUGCGCUUUGUCCACUAGGUGGAGACAAAGUCCACAAAACAGCAGCAUUCAUCGCGCUUAGGCAAACAGUUACGAAUAUGCCUAACCUUCAUGUUAUGCUGCAUUCCGGUUAAAUUUGACAAAUGCAACAUUUUAGUCAAAAGCAUUGAACUCCUUGCUUCGUAUAUUAUGAAUAGAUGUGCGGAUGGAUUAGAAAUUAGAGGAGGAGGAAGUGUCAGAAGUUGAAAAGGACAUGCAUGGAAUAUAAUCCAGACCCAUAAAGAACUGAUAGGGAGGAAUCCACUACCAGGGGGGAAUUUAUUCUGCAUUCUAAUGAGAGGAGGGCAACAUCUGAAACCGAGUAUGGUGAAAAAAAAAUAAACAAAAGUUUAAAUGUACGUAAUAAUAAGUGAAUAAUAAUGGAAGAAAAUAGAAAAGAAAAAAGAAUGUACUUUCCAUCGGUAAUUAUUUAAUGGUGUUAUUUAAAGUUUUAUCAUAUGAACUUUUUCUCUACUUCAUCUCGGUUCUUUCAAUAAUAGACUGCUUGUCGUUCUCACCAUAGUCCACUAGAGGGCGCAAAACUUGUUGUUGAAGCUGACAUUUUUUAUUCGGAGUCGUUUCCUGCUGCAGCCUUGGAGAAUCACCAACAAUAAUGAAAAAGGACGAAACAAUGAAAAGAUGAAACUAUGCAAAAAAUAAUGAAAAUGUAAGCAAAUAAAAACAAUGUGGAAAUCAUGAGAACACAAUGAAAAACAAUAAAUAGUGUUUAGAAAUAAUGAAAAACAUUAAAAGCAAUAAAGAAACAAUGAAAAAACUAUUAUAAAUAAUUACAAAACCAUGACAAAUAAAUAUAUUUUUUUAAAACACUGAGGAGAUGGAAAAACAAUGACAGAUAUCAUGAAGAAAUAAUGCAAAAUAAUUUAAAAGCAAAAAGGAAAUAAUGACAAACACAAAAGAAGUAGUGAAAAAACAAUAAAACAAUGUUAAAUGUUAAAACAAUGACAAAAUAAUGCAAAUGCAAUGAAAAACACUGAAAAAUAUUUUUGUUAAAAACUUUAGAAAAAUGUGAAAACAAUGGAAAACAAUGAUAAAAUAAUGCAAACAAUGAAACUGAUGAAGCAACAAUGCAAAAACAUGAAAAAAAAAACAUGUCUUAGGGGUCAUAAGCCGACUUGCUGCAUGAACAUCAGUGAGACAGUGGGGGGGUGGAGGGGGGGCCGGCCUCUCUCUCUCAUUGGUUGACUCGAGUGUGCCCCCACCCUCUCCCUUUUCUCUCUCUCCAUCGCUCACUUCUCCUUAUAAGGACAGGCUCCGCCCCAAUGUGAUGUCGUCAGACUCGUGGGGUUUUGGGGUUUUGGCGUCCAGUCCUGGGGGGCCGCAGGGCUGAGAGUUCUUUCCCUUCUCGUCAUUGCUCCAUCCUCUUCCUCGCCUUCCUCGCGUUGUCUUCAGGGACAAAAAAAUAAAUCCUUUCCUUUCGUUGAAUUUGUUUUCCUUUUUUUUUUAUAAAAAAAAUUCACAAUUAAACUUGUGAAAUAUCCCCCUCCCCCGAUGGUCGUUUAAACCUGAAAAUAAAACCGCAAUAAAAGUCUAUUUUUUUCCUGCGUAUUUGCGUCGUCUCGUACCAAUUUUUCAAACUCGCAGAAAAGAAGAAGUUGAAAACACGCAUCGCCUUUUCUUUUUCCCGACGGACAUCUUUCUUCUUCUUCUUUCUUUUUUGAUUUUUUUUUUUUGUCUGGCGGCACGGACGAGCUCGGGUCUUCGGGGAUGUUCGGGAUUCAAGACGGCCUCCCACGGGGGUCCACGGCCAGCCUGAAGGAGGAGCCGCUGGCGGUUCGCUCCUGGAUGCACUCGAGCGGCGUGCUGGAUGCCAACACGGCGGCUCAGAGCGGGGUGGGGUUAGCGCGAGCCCACUUUGAGAAGCAGCCCCCGUCCAAUCUGAGAAAGUCCAACUUCUUCCACUUUGUGCUGGCGCUCUACGACCGCCAGGGUCAGCCGGUGGAGAUCGAACGCACGGCCUACGUGGACUUUGUGGAGAAGGAGAAGGAGCCCACGGCAGAAAAAAGCAACAAUGGGAUUCAUUACAAGCUGCAGCUUCUGUACAGUAACGGUGUCAGAACCGAACAGGACCUCUACAUCCGACUCAUUGAUUCUAUGACCAAACAGGCAAUCAUCUAUGAAGGUCAAGACAAGAAUCCAGAGAUGUGCCGAGUUCUGCUGACCCAUGAGAUCAUGUGCAGUCGCUGCUGCGAUAAGAAAAGCUGCGGGAACAGAAACGAGACGCCGUCAGACCCCGUCAUCAUUGACAGGUUCUUCCUCAAGUUCUUCCUCAAAUGUAACCAGAACUGUCUGAAAAAUGCUGGAAACCCACGAGACAUGAGGAGGUUCCAGGUGGUCGUGUCCACCACCGUCAACGUGGACGGCCAUGUCCUCGCCGUCUCAGACAACAUGUUUGUACACAACAACUCCAAACAUGGCCGCCGAGCUCGGCGAUUGGACCCGUCUGAAGCAGCCACCCCUUGCAUCAAAGCCAUCAGUCCCAGCGAGGGGUGGACGACGGGCGGGGCCACGGUCAUCCUGAUUGGGGAUAACUUCUUCGACGGCCUUCAGGUGGUGUUCGGGAGCAUGCUGGUGUGGAGCGAGCUCAUCACCCCCCACGCCAUCCGCGUGCAAACCCCGCCCCGCCACAUCCCCGGCGUGGUGGAGGUCACGCUGUCCUACAAGUCCAAACACUUCUGCAAGGGGGCGCCGGGACGUUUCAUCUACACAGCAUUAAAUGAGCCCACCAUUGAUUAUGGCUUCCAGAGGUUACAGAAGGUCAUUCCUCGCCACCCUGGAGACCCGGAGAGGCUGCCGAAGGAAGUGCUCCUGAAACGGGCUGCCGACAUGGUGGAGGCGCUGUACGGGAUGCCUCACAGCAACCAGGAGAUCAUCCUGAAGCGAGCGACAGACAUCGCCGAGGCGCUCUACAACGUUCCGCGGAACCACAACCAGAUCCCGCCGCUCGGCAACACCGGUUCCCACGCCAUGAUGGGCGUGAACUCCUUCGGCGGCCAGCUGGCGGUCAACGUCUCCGACGCGCCUCAAGUCGGCUACAGCCGCAACACCAACAGCGCGUCGCCCAGGGGAUACGCCCCCAGCUCCACCCCGCAGCAGAGUAACUAUGGCAACAGCAUCAGCAGCAACAGUUACGGCAACGCCAGCAUGCCCAACCUCGGCGUGACGUCUUCGCCGAGCUUCCUCAACGGAUCGUCUGCCAACUCGCCGUACGGCAUUGUGGCAUCCAGUCCCACCAUGGCGGCCUCCAACUGUAGCUCCGCCCACAGCGUGUUUUCCUUCUCCGCCAGCGUGAAACAGAAGAGCGCCUUCGCCCCUGUGGUCCGACCCGCCUCACCCCCUCCCCCGCCUCCGAACUGCUCGGCCAACAGUGGUUUGCAAGCCAUGUCGGGCCUCGUCGUACCGCCGAUGUAGAAAAUGUCCCCCGUUGGAAGACGAGCACGAGAACGAAGGAGGCGUGUCUCCAAAUGUCAGUGGGCGGGACCUCAAGCUGCAGCCGACCUAUCCGAGCAGUCUAAACAUUAUUUUAAAAAAAGAGUUGGAUUUGACUCCGCCCAUGCGUUCUUCAUAGGUCAUGUGUCGCCGUGUCCGUGUCUGUAAGUCCUGGGUCGCUCUUGCACUUGAACCCGGCUUGUCAAUUUUUAACUGUCAUUUUUUUAUUUUUUAGUGGUGUGUGUGUGUGUGUGUGUGUGGUCACUCAAAGCCGACCCUUCCACCGUUCUGGUUUUAACUGUGGAAUUGUG